GUCGCUUUGUUCUGGGACUACGAGAACAUCCAGGUGCCAUCAACUCCGGCCAACAUCAGAGUACCCAUUGUCCAACGGCUAUGCCAGCUGGCACGAAGAUAUGGGACGGUUGACGUACUGCGCCUCUACACGGGCGUAUGGAGUGUGAAGUCCAGAAGAAGUGUGCUUCUGCGAGAAGCGAUGCAUGAGGAAGGCAUCGAGUUCAUCAGAUGUGAACACGGCGGCUGUCAACAGGUGGUCGACACCAGGAUAAUGGCCGAUGUCGAUGCAUAUACGAAGUCAUCUUCGCCUCCCGCGACGAUCAUUAUCGUCGCGGGCGAUAAAGAUUACAUACCGACAGUCUCUAAGCUCGCAACAAAAGGGUUCCGAGUGGUCGUAGUGUGCCCCAAAAUGGCA